UGUCGUAAAGCUUCCGAGUAUUUUCGGGACCGCCAGCCAUCAUAAGGACGGGAGUUAACGCCAGGUUGAGCUUUGCGCUCCGGCGACAACAAAAGAGCAAUCAUGACGAGGGGAAAUCAGCGUGAGCUUGCCCGCCAAAAGAACGCUAAGAAGCAAACUGAUAGCUCCAAAGGGAAGAGAAAUGAAGAUGGCCUCUCUGCAGCUGCCCGCAAGCAAAGAGAUGCUGAAAUCAUGCAGCAGAAGCAAAAAAAGGCAAACGAGAAGCCAGAACCUAAAGGCAAAUAACCAGAGGACGGCGUUUUGACUGAUAUGGCAUCCAAGAUCUUUUUUCUUUUGUCAAGACAGAGUAUCUUUCAUUGUGUAGAUGUGGAGAUUUUGAUUCUAUAAAGUUUCAUCCCAAACUCCAUAAUGUGCUUGAAAGGGCAUAUCAACUAUACAGUACAUAAUGAUUUAUGUUCCACUACGGAGGAGAGCUUUUCUUAUGUUCAAAUAAUCAGAGCAGGCCCAAAUAAAUGGGAGUCUCAAAAUGUCUGCACCGGCAUUGUAAUCUUGUAUUUUUGUAUCAAGUGCCCUUCUGAAUAAAAUGUACAUUUUAAUUCA